CAUCGUGUCAGUAGCUUCCUCUCGGUUUUCACUGCAGUUGAUCAUUCAGGGUUGUUAGCCCUGAGCUAAACCUGGAGGACCGACGGACCACCUCUACCCUUUGACCUGUUGGGCAUGGGUGACCAUACCAAGAGCCAAAGCAUAAAUCCCUGACUCCAGCCAAUAUAGCUCUCCGGGUCACUGAGGCACACAAGCUUCCAAACCCAACGACAAAGUUGUGGUCCUCUUGGAGAGCCUCUUGGGGAAAAAAUGCAAAAAACAAAGUAUUCCUGGCAAAUGUGUAUUUCAUAGCUGAAUCCUGCAAGAACUUCCACUUUCUUCCUACUGCAAAAAGAUGGAUGACAUGCCUGAGAUCUACUCAGUCUCCCAGGGUGAGGUUGCAUCUGUAACAGAAUAUGGAGCAUUUAUUAAAAUUCCUGGUUGCAAACGGCAAGGUCUUGUCCACAAGUCGCAAAUGUCAGCGAGUCGGGUGGAUAACCCAUCGGAGAUUGUUGAUGUUGGAGAAAAAGUCUGGGUUAAAGUAAUUGGGAAGGAGGAGAAGGACGGCAAAGUCAAGCUUUCUCUGUCAAUGAAGUCUGUCAAUCAAGGAACUGGGAAGGACCUCGAUCCAAAUAACGUGGCUCUUGACCAGGACGAGAGGAGAAAACGCAAGUUCAAAGAUUUUACCACACAGAAGAUAACACUUGAAGCAGUCCUAAACACAGUUUGCAAAAAAUGUGGAUGUAAAGGGCAUUUUGCAAAAGAUUGCUUCAUGCAGCCAGGAGGCACUAAAUAUAGCUUGGUUUCUGAUGAUGAAGUGGAAUUAGCCAACUGUUCCAGCCAAUCUGAAUGUCAACCUCCAAAGAAGAAAAAGAAGGAGAAAGAAAAGGAACUGAAGAAGGGUAAGGGAAACGCAGCUUCCGCCAAAUCCCGUUCUUCAGAGACAUCAGACACGAACAGUGAGCAAGACCGAGCAGAUGUGAAAAUGCACAGGCAUUCAAAAAAGGCUCGAAAGUCACACAAGAAGAAACACAAAAAACACAAGAAACAUAAAGAUUCCAGAAAGAAGGAAUAGGCAAGAACUAUAGAAACCCUGAAAGCGGAAUUUUGUGAUUGAGGAUAUUGGUAUAGAAAAGUUAAUACUCAAGGAAGUUAAACUGGCGAUUCUCUCCUUCCUUGUUAAUGAUGUAAUGUAUUGUACAGUAUUUGGUUGCAAGAUAAAUUUGAAUACACAAUUUUGUUGUAAAAUAACAGUUGCAAUAUUUUACUGUUUUGUAGAAUGAUAGGUCUUAUUUUUCUGCCAAAACGUUCCCAUUUUAGUUCCAACAAUUUAUUUUUCCUGGAUUGCUAAAUAUUGCAUCUUUAAUAUUGGACUUACAACUGUCCUAUAGUGAUAUGAAUAGAAAUGCAUAUCCUGUUGAAAGUCCUUUGUUCAUUAAUUUGAUUGAAUUGAAACAAUUUACUAUCUUCAUUAAAAAUACAGAAGUUGAAGUUUAAUUAUCAUUCA